GGUUGACAGUAGAUGUGGAAAUCUAUGGGGAGAAUCAGUUCCAAAAGUCAAAAGGAGGUCACCUGAAAAAGGAAUUUGUAAGAUGCCUUUGGGAAAGUACACUUGUAUAGGUAGCUAGGAAAAGCUGUCUGCCUGAAGACUGAGUCAAACAGGGCAGUUUUCUGCAAUAACAUUGGUAUUUAGCACAAUCAAUAGCAAACCUGUUAAAAAAGUAGGAAGUUUGACAUGAGCUUUGCUGACAGAAGCACUCCUGCUGUUGCAAGCGUCCGUGUGUUCCAGAACGGGAUGCUGCUUCUCCUCUUGGUAGGGUUGGUCCAGUCAUCAGCCACUGAGGAGGUCAAGAAGCAAAGUGAGCUGUGACUGCUGGCUGGGUAAAUGUUUACCAGAGCACUGUUGCCAGUUGCUGUCUUUUAAUGUGUUUUACUGUUUUUUGUUGAAGUACUGAUAAACCAAGAGACUAUAAUAUUAGUUUUUAAGAUUAUCUUGGGCACAUCAUCAAUUUUUUUUGCUAAAAAACUGAGAUAGGCUGUGUGGUAUGGUAACAGGGUGAUUUGACACUUGGCAGGCAGUUAGGAAUACAGAAAAUCGGAAAGAAAAUUUCUAAUAUCUAAUACCUAAAAGCUGGGAUAUGCAGGAAAUGAGACAAGUCAUUCACUGCUGUUCAGAGAACGAAGAAAAUGUGCAUCUGUUAUAAUGAUGUGGGAAUUCUUUGGUGUUGAUUUUAAUGUAUACAGUUCUUUAUGCUUUCUGCUGUGCAGAGAGCUAAGAUCAUACACCAAUACUCAAAUUUGCAGAAGGAGGAGGGGCUCACGUUUUUUCUCAGGCACAAAUCCAUAUGAGUAUUCUGACAUUUGUGUCUCAGUGUCUUAUAAACACCUGUGUUCUUAGUUUGUUGUUUUUUUACUUCAUAUGUUGGAUUUAAUUGCAGGAAAUAGUAAAUCAUCAACUAUUUUUGCUUCUUUCCAAGUUACUUUGAUCAUGCUCAAUAAACAAAGGGUUGUUUUGUCUGUUUUUCAGUUUGGCAAGAUAAAGGUGGCAUGAAUGUUUGAACUGCUUCAUUACAAAUGAAAAUAAACUAAGAAUCUCCUAAAAACACUGGUUUUCAGUAGCAUGAGCUCGAAGAAGAGGAACCUUGUCCCUUUUGUCGGAUUAAGACAAUUUAAAAAAGUAUUGGGAUUUUUACUGACUAGAUUUCAUCCCUGAAUGUGUUUUUGUAGUGUACGUUUCGUAAAGCUUACCAAAUAAUUUUUUUAUUUAAAGCAAAACCUUUAGUUCUUAAACUUGCCUGUUACAGAAUAUAUUUUUUAGCUGUAUGAGAAACUGUGAUUUCAGUGGGAUGUGUGAUAUUUUCCUGAAGCCGCUCCGGGUUUACUGGCUGAGACUGUACAGCCCAAGAAGGAAAGCAUGUGUUUAUAUCACUGUGAAAUUAAGACUACAGUGGAAAGCAGUUAAUGGAUAAGAAGACUGAUGUCUGUUUCUCUGUAAAGGACCCUACAGCUGUGGAAAGAGCAAAUUUACUGAACAUGGCUAAAUUGAGUAUCAAAGGACUCAUUGAAUCAGCGUUGAGCUUUGGCCGCACUCUGGAUUCUGACUACCCGCCUUUGCAGCAGUUCUUUGUUGUCAUGGAACACUGCCUCAAGCAUGGCCUUAAAGUAAGAAAAUCUUUUCUAAGUUACAAUAAAACCAUCUGGGGUCCUCUGGAGCUUGUUGAGAAAUUAUAUCCAGAAGCUGAGGAAAUAGCAGCAAGCGUCAGAGAUUUGCCUGGCCUUAAGACUCCCCUGGGUCGUGCCCGGGCCUGGUUGCGGUUGGCACUGAUGCAGAAGAAAAUGGCUGAUUAUCUUCGCUGUUUAAUCAUUCAGAGAGAUCUUCUCAGUGAGUUUUAUGAGUAUCAUGCACUAAUGAUGGAGGAAGAAGGAGCAGUUAUUGUUGGGCUGUUAGUUGGAUUAAAUGUCAUAGAUGCUAACCUGUGCGUGAAGGGAGAAGACUUAGAUUCACAAGUUGGAGUGAUUGAUUUCUCUAUGUAUCUCAAGAGUGAUGAGGAAAUUGGGGGUAAGGAAAGAAAUAUGCAGAUUGCUGCCAUUUUGGACCAAAAAAAUUAUGUCGAAGAGCUAAACAGACAACUGAAUAGCACGGUUAGCAGUCUACACGCAAGGGUUGAUUCGCUAGAGAAAUCAAACACUAAACUGAUCGAAGAGUUAGCAAUAGCUAAAAACAAUAUAAUUAAACUUCAGGAAGAAAACCAUCAAUUAAGGAGUGAAAAUACCCUUAUUUUAAUGAAAACACAGCAUCAUCUAGAGGCAACAAAAGUGGAUGUGGAAGCAGAGCUUCAGACAUACAAACACUCCAGGCAGGGUUUAGAUGAAAUGUACAACGAAGCACGUAGGCAGCUUCGAGAGGAAUCACAACUUCGACAAGAUAUGGAGAAUGAGCUUGUGGUUCAAGUUAGUAUGAAACAUGAGAUAGAACUUGCCAUGAAGUUACUGGAGAAGGACAUCCAUGAGAAACAGGAUGCGCUUAUAGGCCUCCGACAGCAGCUCGAUGAAGUUAAAGCAAUUAACAUCGAAAUGUACCAAAAGCUGCAGGUUUCUGAAGAUGCUAUGAAAGAAAAGAAUGAAAUAAUUGGUCGGUUAGAGGAUAAGACCAAUCAAAUUAAUGCGACUAUGAAACAACUAGAACAAAGCGACAAAGAUCUCUUAACUCAAACUAGGACUAUUGCAAUGUCAUUCGUCAAAUGCGCCAGCAAUGAAGCUCAGCACCAGUAUAAACUUGUCAAGGAUAUAUCAUUCUGACAGCUCCUGUAGAUCUCUUGUGUUUGAAUAGUCACUGAUAAAGUACACCUUAAGAAUUUUAGAAUUACAAUUUUAAGUGUAAAGUGCUAUUAGAAACCCUGCACUGUAACUGAUCAUAGCUGGGUUCUGUUUUGUUUUUCUUGAAGAAUGUCAUCUCUGAUCACACUUCACCCCCCUCUUAAACAAAAAAAAAAGGAAAAAGAAAAAAAAAGUAAAUUAUUGCACUAUUACUAAGCAGAUGUAAGCUAGUUUUCUAAUGCUAUUUAAUCACUUCUUAAUUGUCAAACAAAGUUUAUUUUAAAGGUUAGCUGUCUUCACUGGGACUGUACAUUUUUUUGACAUUUGUCUCGAGUGUAGUGAUUUUUCUGGUUCUUUAUGGUACAAAUAGAUUUAAAAGCAGCCCAUCUGACUAGUAUUUCCCUUCUGCCCUGCUGAUUUCUUUUGGUUUUAGGCUGUAUUUAUCCCAAAAGCGUGCUCUCGGUUGGGUUUUGUGGUUGUAACCAGCACUGUUUCCUUAAACAGCAUGAGGGGAGCUUGGGGAAAAAGGAGCCGAGUGCUCUGCCAGGACAGUUUAUUUAAAAAAAAGAGAGUGGUUCAAUGCAUGCAGUGUAGGGGUUGCAGGGUUUGGGGAUAAAAUAUCUAAAGCACAAUUCUGUUCUGCUGAUGUGACGCGAGUUGAAUAUUCCCACCGAGUUAGAAUGCGUUUGGAGCCUGGACUUGAAUGGGGCUGCAGACAGGGAGGGCAGCGUGCGCUGACAAAUGCUCUAGCUUCAACUCCUGCCUGGAACAACUGCUCUGUGAUAGCUGCUGAGGAGGUUGUAGUAAUAAAGAGGGUUUGCGUUCAGGGCCCAGAUUCUGAACUUGUCCAACUUGUUUGUCAGCCAAGGAUCUUACCUGUCUGAGGCUUUGUCUACACUGUAAUCACAACCUGUGGUCUUGCCCAACCCUGUUUCCCUCCCUCUACCCAUCAAUAUGCAGUCUUUACAACUCGGAUUUCUGCUUUGCGUUGCUUCCUGCCUGCACAGUAGAAAGAAGAGAGCUGUAGCUGCUGACUGCCCUUGAUGCUCUUCCCAGUGUUUGCUCUGGUGUGGAGGGGAAGCCGACUGGGUAAAGGGUCUUAGGGUCUUUCAGCAGAAGGGGGUGUGUUUGCAAAAUGAAUGGGGCAGGAUGCUGUAAUACGGAAAGGGUUUCUGCUCCGUGAUCAUAUAUCGCCUUAUUCCUUUCUUCCUGGCUACUGGAAAAGAACACUAAGCUGCCUACUAUAAAAAGAACACUAAGUAUCUCCCAUCCUCAAAGAAAACCCAAACCAGAAGCACUGACUAGACAAACAGACUAUAGCAGAAAUAGGAGCGUUGACCAUCAUGGUCAUCUAUGCACACAAGUAUCUCUCUCAGUAUCAUCUGAGUCACAAAUCCUGCUGUGACAGUGGCCCCACUCAGCACUUGGCUGAAUCACAGUGGUGCAGUGAGCCUGGUGGUCCAGGGAAUGGUGCUGUGUUGGCUAGCGUGUCUCUUGCGGAGCAAGGCCCUUUCUACCUUGGUCGUGGAAACUGCACUGCAGUUUACUUGUGAUUUAGGGAGUGGUUUAACUUGCUUUUGGUGAUACUGUCUUCUGUAGCUUCAUUCAGCUGCUUCUGCCCAAUGGAUUCACCCUGCUUUUUUCUGGUAUUCCCCUUUCCAUACAUCUUUUGGCCCUCUGUGCUACCAUUGCAAACGUGAUUGGGAACAUUCUUGAAACAACUGGUAUAGGUGAAUGGGAUAGCACGCACUUCAUAAGGAAAUUUAAUUCCAGUCUUUUCUCACUCAUUCACUGCCAGCUUUUGAGAACUCCUGUGGUACAACUUCAUCAGCAGAAGCACAAAUGUAGACAUAUUGCUGACUUAAUUUCUUUUUGGUUGAUGUUCAGAGUUCUGAGUUACUCUGCGUUCAGCCAGCUCCCUGGAAAUAGUUUUGUUAAACACAGUGCAACAGGCGGGGACAUGCAGUGGUGUUUCACAGGCUCUUUUGCUCUCUUGCAUUUUCAUCAAGGCAGGUGUAGCCAUGAUAUAGCACAAGUUCCAUUUUAGUACUUUUGCUUUUGCGACACCACGUUCAUGUUUUUUUGGACUGAAGAGGUGACCAAGCACAGAGGAACCACGGUGACCUAAUGGAUUCCAAGGGGAGUGAAGCUGGAGCAGAAACAAACCGUGGAAUUCAGGAAGGAAAGAUUAGAUUAGAUGAGAUUAAAAAAAAAAAAAACCCAAUCACUUCUUGAUUAAUUGGUUUUAUUUAUUUUGUCUGUAGCAUGGAGCGAUUUUAACCAGUGUCAGAAUGCAUUAUUUUUAAUAGAGAUUAUUUAAACAGAUUCAAUACCAUGGUGUAGUUGAGGUAGCUCUGUAAAUGUAGUGGGACCUGUCAGGGUGUAUCUUGUGUUAGGCUUGUUAUUUUGGGUUGCUGCCUGAUUGCAGUGCUCUGUGUUCAGCCUUACGCCUGCAUUGUUUUGAGCUGCUUUUGCACAACACAUGCUCUGCCCUGUCUUAGUGGGUGAUUAGUACAAGCCAAGUACUUCUACAGGAUUUAUUUAAAAGAAAAAAAGGCAAAAAGCUUUCAAAAAAACCACCUGAACGUAUGCUAAAGGAAAAAAACACAUUAAGGUCUAUGCUUCAAUUCUAAAAUAUGUAUCAUCAUGCUUUGGCAUUCUGUUACUUAUAAGCAUAAAAUAAAACAGUGAUUAAUUACAGUGAUUACUCUCUUACUAUAUGAAAACCUGAGCCAGUUCUUUAGGCAUUUUAUGGAUUUCUCGUUUGAGUUUGUGAGUUUUCCCCAAACUUUGUUUUUAUUUAGAAAUGUUUCUAUUUCCCCGUUUUUCUUUUAUUUGUCUUCUUCACCCUCUGCA